AGGAUGGUGCUCACUCUCUGUGCAGCUGGGCGGCAGAUCCUCUUUGCUCUGAUGCUGCUGCUCUGUUUAGGCUUGGUUGAAGCCUCCUCCCUAGUGAACAUGCGUAGGAUCACCCAUCCUACAGUACAACAAACACUGGCAGGCAAAGCCGUCCUCCCUUGUGUCUUCAACCUCCAGACCAGCUCCUCAAGCCAGCCUCCCCACCUCCUGUGGACUCGCACCAGGCUGCCAGCAGGAGGACAGGGUGCUUCUCCAGAGCAGAUUGUGCUCUCAGCUAAAGGUGGCGUAAUCAAGGUGAAUAAGGCUUUCAGUGGCCGUGUCAUGCUGUCAGGAUACACUGCCAAUCCUCUGAAUGCUACCAUGGAGAUCUCCAGUCUCCGUACCAAUGACUCAGGCACUUACCACUGUCAGGUUGUCAUGGGUAACGACUAUGAGAGAGACACUGUGCCCCUGGUGGUCUCCGGUGUGGUGUUUCACUACCAGGCUCCCAGUGCCCGUUACGCCCUCUCAUUUACAGACGCACAGCGGGCCUGCCAGGAGAACUCUGCUCAGAUCGCCACUCCGGACCAGCUGUGGGCAGCGUACUAUGACGGCUUUGCCAGCUGUGCAGCAGGCUGGUUGGAUGAUCAGACCAUACGUUAUUCUGUCCAGCUGCCAGAGCUUGGUUGCUAUGGACACACGGAGUACUCUGCUGGAGUGAGGAAUUAUGGGAAGAGGGACCCGAAAGAGCUAUUUGAUGUGUACUGUUUUGCAAAGCAACUGGAUGGUGAGGUGUUUCACUCCUCAGUCCCAGGCAGGUUGUCUCUGUCUUCAGCCUCAGACCGCUGUGUGUCCCUCGGAGGGCAGCUGGCCACGGUGGGGCAGCUUUAUCUGGCCUGGAGAGCCGGCCUGGACAGCUGCGCCCCAGGCUGGCUGUCUGAUGGAAGCGUUCGCUACCCGGUGACCUGGCCUCAUCCGGACUGUGGAGGGAGCCAGCUGGGAGUCCACACCAUCACACCCAACCGCACUGCUGACAACAUCACAGCGCUAUAUGAUGCUUACUGCUACAGAGCUAAAGUGAAGAAUACUGGCUCCAUCUCUCAGAUCUACACCUCCCUGUGGAAGCCCUGGAGCUACCUCACAGGCUUAAAUGAUGCUGACUCUACAGGGACAACCAGUCCUGACCUGACUACACAGCAAACCACCACCACCAGAGGAUCCUCAGAUGGCAAUGAUGUUUCACCUUCCAGCUGGACAGGAUUGGUUGACCUUGAAAAGGAAGCCAUUCUACACAGCGCUGAUGCUUCCACAGACCCCUGGUCCUCAGAGUCCUCAGGAUCCUAUGUGACCCUCCAGCUAAUCCCAGGACAGAGCUCCUUAGAUUGGGGAGAGCUGAUGGAGCCUGGUCCUGAUUCAGAGGAGUUUCUCCGACCCCCAGUUCACCCGACUCCUGCUGAGAAGAAGGUGAUCUCAAAGAUUGUCAAGUCCAUUUGGAAGCCUUGGAACUACCUGGUGGGGACUGGAGAUGAGGAGGGAACUCAAGCCCCAAUUGAACAGGCAGGGGAAGAGGAGACAGCUACAAAAAAGACCGAUAAAGAGUCAAAUCCGUCCUUUACAGCAUCAUCAGGUUUGUUUUCUUGGGGAAGUACAUGGUUCAGCAGUCCCUUGAAGGAAAACACUACACCAGCCAGUGAAGACUCACCCACUCGUCUUGCAUCUACUUUGGCUGUCUCCAGUAUUCCAAUGACUACAGAGAGCACAAAGGGCCGGGAGAAUUCAGAGACCCACACGUCCACUGCCUCCAGCUCUACACCCGAAAUCACCUCAUCCAGCGGGGAUACCUGGGUCCAUGUUGAAGCAGAGACCACAACCCAGCCUGCUAACAAGAGAGAAGAGACAGCGACCUCCAGAGCAAGCGGUAGAGGAGGCAGAGGGAGGGGGAAGAAGAACAGAGGGGAGGACAGGAGCAGAGGAGAAGAGAAGGAGAGAGGAGAGGAGAAGGGGAAAGGAGAAGAUGAGGGGAGUGGAGAAAUCACCGGUGCAGAGGCAAAAGGGGAUAUACAAGUCUCACGACGACCGGUUGGAACAAGUAAACCGAGAGAAAGAUCCAGAGAAAGAUCCAGAGAGAGGGGUCACAGGAAAGGACAGUCCACUGCCAUCCCCACCACGACCACCACUACCACUACCACUACCAGUCCUCUGGAGCCCACGGUGAUCACCACAACUGGGUUGGAAAGCGCUGACUACUCUACGUCCAAAUCCCUGUCCGCUUUACCAAUAGAAACCCCAUCCCCGUCCGUCUCGUUAGACCCAUAUCCAACACUGCUUGCAUCUCCAUCCCCAUCACCAUCAACCUCACCAUCACCUUCCGUCUCACCAUUUAUGUCCUUUUCUCAAUCAUCGCCAUCUCAAUCCCUGUUUGAAUCCCAAUCUCCCUCCCCAUCCCCAUCUCUUUCCUCUUCCCCCUCCCCCUCUCCAUCCUCAGUGUCUUCCCAGACCCCAUCCCUCUCACCCUCACCCUUAUCGCCCUCUUCACAUUCUCCAUCUCAAAUGGUUGGAUCAGGAGACCCAUCUCCAUCUCCUCACUCUGACAACCAGGACAGCUCCACUAAUGCCCUAACGUCACUUCACUGGGUCCCAGUGGAGAAAGCAGGUCUGAACAGCUCUCUGGAUUAUCCUCAUUUACUGUCGGGGCCCCCGGAUGAGGAGGAGCCUGCUUGGUCUCAUGCUGUGGGCUCAGGGGCCCUGUUACCUGGCAACAUGGAGGAGGAGAGCAGCAGAGGAUCUAAUGUCAGUUCCAUAACUCUGGGCCCAACAAUCGAGGUGGAGCCCUGCGUGACAAACCCGUGUCUGCACGGAGGAAAGUGCCUUCCUCAGGGAACGGGCUACAGCUGCUACUGCCCACAAGGAUACGCCGGGGAGAACUGUGAGAUUGAUGUUGACGACUGCCAGUCCGAGCCAUGUGAAAAUGGAGGCACUUGCAUCGACAAGAUUGAUUCUUUCCUCUGCCUUUGCCUGCCCAGCUACGGAGGAGACACGUGUGAGAAAGACAUCGAAGGUUGUGAGCAUGGUUGGAGGAAGUUCCACGGCCACUGCUACAGGUACUUCACCCACAGACACACCUGGGAGGAUGCAGAGAAAGACUGCAGAGAACACAGUGCCCACCUCAGUAGUGUCACGUCCGCUACGGAGCAGGAGUUUAUCAAUGGUCUCGGUCAUGACAAUGCCUGGAUCGGACUGAAUGACCGCACAGUGGAGGAGGACUUUCAGUGGACCGACGGAAACGAUCUGGUAUAUGAGAACUGGAGGGAGAGCCAGCCGGAUAACUUUUUCGCAGGCGGCGAGGACUGCGUGGUGACCAUUGCCCAUGAGGACGGCAAGUGGAACGACGUGCCCUGCAACUACAACCUGCCCUACAUCUGCAAGAAAGGCACAGUGCUGUGUGGGACCCCGCCCGCGGUGGAGAACGCCCAUUUGAUAGGUCGCCGGAGGUCGCACUAUGACAUCCACUCGGUGGUGCGCUACCAGUGCUCCGAGGGCUUCUACCAGCGUCACAUCCCCACCGCUCGCUGCCGGGCCGACGGGAGCUGGGAGCGACCCAGGAUCAUCUGCACAAAGUCCCGGCGAUCACACCGGUACAGACGCCACCACCACAAUCAGCACCACGAACGCCGCAGCCACAGGAGACACGGAGGAGAGGGACACAAGGCCAGAGAGGACGCACACAGCUACUACUGAACCAAAUAACACAAUGUCUGCAAUGCUUAGGUGCUAACCAUGGCCCAUAAAGAAAGACAGAAGUCCACAUCACUCCCAUUUCCUCUCCUGCUUCUGACCAUGCUCUCUGUUCAGCUGAUGAAUAAUGUUUUCUUACUCUGACAUAAAGUUCAUCUCCAUAAUCCUGUCACUGAGUUUGGGCGUUUUGAUGCCUCUUUUUGUUUUCACCCCACUUCCUUUAACCGAGGUCCAUGCGAACACUAACUCUAACACUAACUCUCAUUAAAACCCUCCCUCCCUAACAUCUCAGUACAGUAAAUCCUUCACCUGUCUAUGAACUAAAGCCCUCUCUUGGUCUGUCAGACUGACAGCAGUGUGUGAGCAUGUGUGAGCGUAUGCAUGUAAGAGAGAGACUUAGAGAAGUGCCGAGUCACUUUUUUUUUGUAAAUGUUUGCUUGUUCUACAUGAAAAAUGACUCUCAUCCUAGUAUUCUGUUUACAAAGCACAGAUGUAAUUGAUGCAAGUUAGCAUUCAGUCCUUGGUAACCCUGAGCUUUUUGUAUGUGUAGCUACUGUAGCUCUUACUUUUUUCCAUAGAGUACCUGAAUAGCUGGUCUGUCUUAAUAUACUGACAUGCUUCUUUUCUGAUAUUUGCUAUGUUUUUGUGUGAUGCUACUAUUUAUUAUGAAUCAUUUGUUAGUGAAUAUGCUUUCCUUUUUUUACUUACACUUCGGAGAGCCGAUGUAAUGUCGUUUUUCUAUACCACUAUGGUAAAUCCAACAAUCAAUCGGUAACAAAAUGAAUCAUUCGAUUUCCUCUAAUCUCUGUAUUGUAAAUAUUGUGGUGUUUGUUAUUGGCUGAUCCUUGAUCAAUAGUUGGACCUUGUCCAAUCAAAUAGAUUCCCCUAUCCCCAUAAGCACUCUCAACUAAUGAAUAUGUCCCAUUGACAUAGUUAGUUUGGAUGGGAUUAUACAAUACCAUCUUGAGAUAACCACUUGAUUGUAUCUGAAUUGUUAAAUACUCUGUCUUUGCACGGCUAUAUUUACAUGAUGGCUAAAACGUCACCAUUUUUUCUUUGGUCUCUUUGAUAUUUGAUCGGUCAUCCACUUUUUUGGUGUUCUUAUGACUUUUUGUCCUGCUGUUGUAUUUCAUUCUUAGUAAAGUG